AUGGCGUACCUCUCGUCUCCCGAUCUUCCCCGACUCUUCAACUUUAAUGAGGCCGGCGAAGAUGAUCAGCAAACAUAUCUGGCUGAACUCGAUCGCAUGUAUAAUCAGAACCCUUUUGUACGAAGCUCGAAAUACAUCCUCUGGGCUGCGGGGCUGGUGUUGAGUCAGUUAACCCGCAUCACCGACCUCACUCUCUCCGUGUCGGGUCACACCCUAGCACAUGCCUCCGCGAUCUUACUUCCUUUCUCUUGUCGCUUCCCGUCGCUGGAGUCUAUCACUCUGGAGGACGCAAAACGUAGCAGCAGUCCAGCCAGCUUCGAUGACAUUGAAUGGGACCAAUUUUCUCGCAGCCCGGCGGAAACCUUGGCUCGGGUGGCUCGCAACGUCUCGGACGUUUUCUUUCAGAGUUGGACCGACUUCCGAGGCUUUUCUUUCAUCAUGAACGAGUAUGGGUCGAACAUAACCUCACUCAUCUUCGACGACAUUACGAUUGAUUAUGGCGACCUCGUCGAUAUGAUCGAAGGUGCCGAUAACCUCGAAAAGUUCGUAUGCCGAAAAGCAACUGUCGAAACCGACGUCGCCAUCCCCGGCGACAUGAUGGCCCCGCUCCUUACAGCUCUCUCUCAACGAGAAGCAACUCUACGCACAAUCGUCAUUACGUCUUUAGAGAAGUAUGACCUUGGGCCUACGGAGUUUUACCCUGAUCGAACGUUCAACGAUUUUUCGAACCUUGAAAAUCUCUGGCUGGAAGGGAAGUUUAUUGAACCUGCAAUCACCCUUCUUUAUGACGAGGACGGCGAACAGGAUGUGGGCAACGCAGUCAUCGGAAUGUUGCCGGCCUCCUUAAAUCGGCUACACGUUGACAACUUCCGCGAGAUGGAGCUCUUCUGGCUGGCAGAGAACUGCGAGGACAGGUAUCCAAACCUCAAAGAAGUGGGAUUUGAUACGGGACAUGCAAAUAAGAAUCAUUACUCAGAAUGGUUUGAAGAAGUUGGCGUGGCUGUUGUUGAGGUGGAUCCGCAUCCCCAUCUUUGGUAG